UGAGCUGCCUUCUAAGACUGUCAAAGAAACAGCCCCGGGGCAGCCUGCCACGCGACUAGAAAUCUCCACAGGUUUCCAGGAAGGACCCUCACUACCUGUUUGCUCCCCAGGAUGCAGCUGGGUGGAGACGAGCGCGGCAGCCAGGUGGGGUCUGUCCCCAGGCCCGCAGAAGGAGCGCACCGGCCCCGGUGACCAGUCCUGCCCGUGCCCCACGGCGGGGCGGGGCGGGGCGGGGCUCUCGCUCCCUGGAGCGGUGCCCCGUGUGCCCAGGACAACCCGCAGCCGAGCCGAGCCGAGCCGAGCGCGCGUGAAGAGGCAGCGGCACCUCCCGUCGUGCAGGGCGCGGGGGCGGCGCGGCUUCUCCUCCCUCGGACCGGGCUGCGGGGAGGCGCCAACCUGUAGCCGCCCGGCCCGACCCGGCCCCGCUCCGCCCAGCCCCAGCAGCUCGGCGCGGCGCGGCGCGGCGCAGAGCCCUCGGGAGCCGCCUGCCCGCCCCGCCCCGCCCCGCCCAGCUCCGGCUCCGGCUCCGGGGCACCUGUUCCGCCGCGGCAGCCCGGGGCAUGGACGCGGCGCCGGGCAACCAGACGGCGGCGGCGGCGGCGGGGCUGCUCCUGGCCAACAGCAGCGAGGCGCUGGAGCGGGCGCUGCGCUGCUGCACGCCCGCCUCCGUGGUGACCGACGACGGGUUCGCCGUGCCGGCGCCGGACGAGCGCAGCCUGUACAUCAUGCGGGUGGUGCAGAUCGCCGUCAUGUGCGUGCUCUCGCUCACCGUCGUCUUCGGCAUCUUCUUCCUGGGCUGCAACCUGCUCAUCAAGUCCGAGGGCAUGGUCAACUUUCUGGUGAAAGACCGGCGGCCGUCCAAGGAGGCGGAGGCGGUGGUGGUGGGGCCCUACUGACGCCCCGCCGCGCCCUGACUGCCCGGCCCGGCCCGGCCCGGCCCGGCCCCGGCCAUGGGGGCGCCGAGGAGCCGCAGGCGGGGCCGGACGCCGGGAGGAUGCCCGGGCUCGGGGGCGCCGAAGCGGCUGCUGAGCGCCCGGGGCCGGCCUGAGCCCCCGUCUGCAGAGGGCUGAUGCCGCCGGCCGCAGCGCUCCCAACUCCGCUGCUUGGCUGAGGAGGGGCAGGGAGGGAAGGGCUUGGGGACGGGAUCACCCUGCUGCUUGUCCAGUGCUCCAGUUUACAGUGAUUUGAAUACCUUGGAGAAGAGCAGAGCGGGGUUUCUCCUGGCCUGCGCUCGCCCCAGGUGGCAGGUUCCUUGUCCGGAAAGAAACCGCCUUCAUAGUAAUAGGAAUGUUUCCCACUCGUGUCACUGUUGUAGCUUCUGUGGGGGGUUGUUUUUUUCUUGAUGGUAUCCAGAGACGGGUUUGUACAGAUCCCUCCCGAGCCGGCACAGAGCCAGCUGUGCCCUUCGCUGCUUGUUUCUGAAGUGCCCAGUUUACAGUAAAACAAAAAAGAAGAAGAAGAAAAGGGCUCCGCUGGUAACAGUCUUGGGGUUGUUUUUUUCUUUUCUUAUUUAAUUUGCUUUAAUAAAUACAUGGUACCUUUGUGGA